AUGGAAGCAUCAAGGGCUAGUUGUGUUGCGCUGUGUGUUGUUUGGGUGAGCAUAGUAAUUACAUGGGCAUGGAGGGUGCUGAAUUGGGUGUGGUUGAGGCCAAAGAAACUAGAAAAAUGCUUGAGGGAGCAAGGCCUUGCAGGCAAUUCUUACAGGCUCUUGUUUGGAGACACCAAGGAUCUCUCGAAGAUGCUGGAACAAACACAAUCCAAACCCAUCAAACUCUCCACCUCCCAUGAUAUAGCACCACGUGUCACCCCAUUUUUCCAUCAAACUGUGAACUCUUAUGGCAAGAAUUCUUUUGUUUGGAUGGGCCCCAUACCAAGAGUGCACAUCAUGAAUCCAGAAGAUUUGAAAGAUACCUUCAACAGACAUGAUGAUUUUCAUAAGGUAGUUAAAAAUCCUAUCAUGAAGUCUCCACCACAGGGCAUUGUAGGCAUUGAAGGUGAGCAAUGGGCUAAACACAGAAAGAUUAUCAACCCAGCAUUCCAUUUAGAGAAGCUAAAGGGUAUGGUACCAAUAUUUUACCAAAGUUGUAGCGAGAUGAUUAACAAAUGGGAGAACUUGGUGUCCAAAGAGAGUUCAUGUGAGUUGGAUGUGUGGCCUUAUCUUGAAAAUUUUACCAGCGAUGUGAUUUCCCGAGCUGCAUUUGGAAGUAGCUAUGAAGAGGGAAGGAAAAUAUUUCAACUACUAAGAGAGGAAGCAAAAAUUUAUACGGUAGCUAUGCGAAGUGUGUACAUUCCAGGAUGGAGGUUUCUACCAACCAAGCAGAACAAGAAGGCGAAGGAACUUCACAAUGAAAUUAAAGGCUUACUUAAGGGCAUUAUAAAUAAAAGGGAAGAGGCGAUGAAGGCAGGGGAAGCCACUAAAGAUGACUUAUUAGGUAUACUUAUGGAGUCCAACUUGAGGGAAAUUCAGGAACAUGGGAACAACAAAAAUGCUGGAAUGAGUAUUGAAGAUGUAAUUGGAGAGUGUAAGUUGUUUUACUUUGCUGGGCAAGAGACCACUUCGGUGUUGCUUGUUUGGACAAUGGUUUUACUGAGCCAAAAUCAGGAUUGGCAAGCUCGUGCAAGAGAAGAGGUCUUGCAAGUCUUUGGAAGCAACAUCCCAACCUAUGAAGAGCUAAGUCACCUAAAAGUUGUGACCAUGAUUUUACUUGAAGUUCUUCGAUUAUACCCAUCAGUCGUUGCGCUUCCUCGAACCACUCACAAGAAAACACAGCUUGGAAAAUUAUCAUUACCAGCUGGAGUGGAAGUCUCCUUGCCCAUACUGCUUGUUCAUCAUGACAAAGAGUUGUGGGGUGAGGAUGCAAAUGAGUUCAAGCCAGAGAGGUUUUCAGAGGGAGUUUCAAAGGCAACAAAGAACCAAUUUACAUACUUGCCUUUCGGAGGGGGUCCAAGGAUUUGCAUUGGACAAAACUUUGCUAUGAUGGAAGCUAAAUUGGCCUUGUCAUUGAUUUUACAACACUUUACCUUCGAGCUUUCUCCACUAUAUGCUCAUGCUCCAUCCGUAACUAUAACCCUUCAACCCCAAUAUGGUGCUCAUAUUAUUUUACAUAAACGUUGA